GGCUAAAGUGCCCCUCUUGUGGGGAAAGCUUUGCUCACAAAUCUGCAUUGGGGAAACAUUGGAAAAAUCACACAAGGGAGGUACCCUUUGAAUGCCUGCAGGUGUGGAGAACGUUCAGCCGUCUUAAGGUCUCUCUUUACAGCAAGGACUUCCCACAGGGGAGAAACCAUUUGAGUGCCUGGAGUGUGGAAAGGGGUUCAGGGAAAUAAGAGCCCUUGAUGCACAUGAAUUUGUUUCACAUGGGGGAGAAACCAUAUGAAUGUCUUGACUGUGGAAAGAGCUUCGGGGCAAAAGAAGCCCUUGACCUUCAUAAAAGGAUCCACAUGGAGGAGAAAGCAUUUAAAUGCUCAGAGUGUGGAAAGGGGUUCAGUAGAAAAGGGCAACUCACCACUCAUGAACGAACCCACACAGGGGAGAAACCUUUCACAUGUAUGGAGUGUGGCAAGAGCUUCACUCAGAGCUCAGGCCUUGCUUACCAUGAAGGAAUUCACACCGGGGGGAAACGCUUUGAAUGUCAUGAGUGUGGAAAGGCCUUUCGAUGGAAGGCCGUAUUGACUAAUCAUCUAAGAGUCCACACAGGAGAGAAACCCUAUAAAUGCUUGGAGUGUGGCAAGGGCUUCAUUCAGCGCUCACAUCUCGCUCGCCAUCGAAGAAUUCACACGGGGGAGAAACCAUAUGAAUGUCUUGACUGUGGAAAGCGAUUCGGGACAAAAGAACCCCUUGACCUUCAUAAAAGGAUCCACACAGAGGAGAAAGCAUUUAAAUGCUCAGAGUGUGGAAAGGGGUUCAGUAGGAAAGGGCAACUCACCACUCAUGAACGAACCCACACCGGGGAGAAACCAUUCAAGUGUAUGGAGUGUGGCAAGUGCUUCAGUCAGAGCUCAGGCCUUGCUUACCAUCAAACAAUUCACACGGGGGAGAAACCAUAUGAAUGUCUUGACUGUGGAAAAUGCUUCGGCAUAAAAGGAGCCCUUGAUGCACAUAAAAGGGUUCACACAGAGGAGAAACCUUUUAAAUGCUUAGAGUGUGGAAAGGGCUUUAGUUGGAAAUGGCAACUCACCACUCACGAACGAACCCACACAGGGGAGAAACCAUUCAAGUGUAUGGAGUGUGGCAAGCGCUUCAGUCACAGCUCAGGCCUUGCUUUCCAUCAAACAAUUCACACGGGGGAGAAACCAUUUGAAUGCCAGGAGUGUGGAAAGGUCUUUAGAUUGAAGAUACUAUUGACUAGUCAUCAAAGAAUUCACACAGGAGAGAAACCCUAUAAAUGUUUGCAGUGUGGCCAGAGCUUCAGUCAGAGCUCAGGCCUUGCUUACCAUCAAACAAUUCACAUGGGGGAGAAACCAUAUGAAUGUCUUGAAUGCGGAAAGAGCUUCAGGACAAAAGGAGCCCUUGAUGCACAUAAAAGGGUUCACACAGAGGAGAAGCCAUAUGAAUGUCUUGACUGCGGAAAGAGCUUCAGGACAAAAGGAGCCCUUGAUGCACAUAAAAGGGUUCACACAGAGGAGAAACCAUUUAAAUGCUCAGAGUGUGGAAAGGGGUUCAGUGGGAAAGGGCAACUCACCAUUCAUGAACGAACCCACACAGGGGAGAAGCCGUUCAAGUGUAUGGAGUGUGGCAAGCGCUUCAGUCAGAGCUCAGGCCUUGCUUACCAUCAUACAAUUCACACGGGGGAGAAAGGAUUUAAAUGCUCAGAGUGUGGGAAGGGCUUCAGUGCGAAAGGGCAACUCACCAUUCAUGAACGAACCCACACAGGGGAGAAACCGUUCAAGUGUAUGGAGUGUGGCAAGCGCUUCUGUCAGAGCUCAGGCCUUGCUUGCCAUCAUACAAUUCACACGGGGGAGAAACCCUUUGAAUGUCAUGAGUGUGGAAGGACCUUUCAAGUGAAGGGUAAAUUGACUGCUCAUCAAAGAGUCCACACAGGAGAGAAACCCUAUAAAUGCUUGGAGUGUGGCAAGAGCUUCACUCGGCGCUCACAUCUCACUCGCCAUCGGAGAAUUCACACGGGGGAGAAACCAUAUGAAUGUCUUGAGUGUGGAAAGACCUUUCGAUUGAAGGAAGUAUUGACUGCUCAUCAAAGAGUCCACACGGAAGAGAAACCCUAUAAAUGCUUGGAGUGUGGGAACACUCAACGCUCAGCUCUCGCUCACAAGUGGAGAUUGCACACCGGGGAGAAACCCUAUGAAUGUCUUGACUGUGGAAAGAGCUUCGGGACAAAAGGAGCCCUUGAUGCACAUAAAAGGGUUCACACAGAGGAGAAACCAUUUGAAUGCUCAGAGUGUGGAAAGGCCUUCAGUGCGAAAGGGCAACUCACCAUUCCUGAAAGAAUCCACACAGGGGAGAAACCAUUCAAGUGUUUGGAAUGUGGCAAGAGCUUCACUCAGAGCUCAGGCCUUGCUUACCAUCAAACAAUUCACAUGGGGGAGAAGCCCUUUGAAUGCCAGGAGUUUGGAAAGGGCUUUCAAUCGAAGGUUCUACUUACUACUCAUCAAAGAAUUCACACGGGAGAGAAACUGUAUAAAUGCUUGGAGUGUGGGAAGAGCUUCACUCAGCCCCAAGCUUUCACUUGCCAUCGGAGAAUUCACACAGGGGAGAAACCAUAUGAAUGUCUUGAGUGUGGAAAGAGGUUCAGGACAAAAGGAGCCCUUGAUGUGCAUAAAAGCAAGGUAAGCUCACUUGGAUCCUUCACAGGAGGAAAAAGGGUGGGAGAUAAAUGCAAUGUAAUGAGAAUAAGUGUGUUGGAGAGUGAAGAGUACAGGAAUGAAGUGCCCCUGAAAGUCUUUUGCAUAAGGAGGAUGCUUGCCCAGGCCACCCUUUUCUCCUGUCUGUGCAGCGUAUCCUCUCCUACCCCUGUUUUUGCGACCUCUCUGCCCUGCCCUGAAUUAUUUUAUCUGCAAGAUCUUCGGAUUCCUUGCAAGAAGAAGACAGAUUUUCCUACAAAUCACUAAAUGUAAUAAGAAAUAAGAAUAAGAAGCUUUGACACUAAUCCAAAGGGAGCAGAUUCAUUUUCUUUGACAGGACUGUGGACCCCACAGAGGAUUUGGUUCUCCUUUGUCACAGAAGAGCAGAGUGAUUGGUAGCAUUAAUGAACUUCCUCUUCCCCUUCCCUUUUCCCUUCUCUUCCUCGAAUGGCAUUUAUAUCCUGCCUUCUUCCUCUUCUGAGGAACCACGUUUCCCUUUUUAUCUGUACACAACAGCCCUGUGAGGUAGGCUAGGCUGGGUGAUUGGCUGUCCCCAGGUCACCCAGGAUGCUUUGUGGCUGAGUGGAGAUUAAUCUAGUAGCCCAUCUGUGGGCCAAGGGUUUCGGGGCGAGUGGGGGCCUGGUCCAUUGCCAAGGGGGAGAGGAACGCCUUAGCCACAGCCCUUCUGCCUCUGUCCACAGAGUUUUA